UGUGGCUGAUUUCUGUUUUUUAAGUGAGUCAAGUCAAGUUAAAUGUUAUUUUGUGAUGCAUUUACUCUAUAUAGACCAAAAUCAGAAAUUAGCCUUAAAUACUUUACAAUCUGGAGAACAUACUGGACCCUCGAUCCUCAGAACCUCUGUGCAGACACGGAAAAACUCUUAAAAAGCAUUUAUAAGGGAAUAAAAGAAAGAAAGCUUAGGAAGAGUAACAGGACACACAUGCAAUAGAUAUCUCGUGAACAGAGUAGAUAAAAAUACUAUAAAAAUAGUAAAAUUACAAUAUGGAGAAACAUUGACAGUGUUAGGUAGAUAGAUUGCAAACACACAUGAACAUUUUGGACUGAGCAGAAAGGAUUGACUGAGUCACCGUGUUUAAAUGCUGGAGAGGCUGCCAGAGCCAUUCUGAGGUAAUAAUGGAAAAGUAUUGGAAGUGACUGCUGAUCUACAUGGAAUACUAAAUAAAGCAAUGUUCUCAGACUUGCUGGGUGACUGAAGCAUAUCAUUGCUGUGAUUUAAAGUUAUACUGAUUGAUGAGGCUGUUAUCUAAUAAAGAUUUAGGACCUAGAGCUCGACUAAAAUGAUAGUAAUGAGAGAAAUUACAGAUGUAAACACCAAAAUCUAAUCAGCUAAUUGUCCUAAUCUUUAUCAAACCUAAUAGAAAUGACCUCAUUAUCUACCCUCCAUCCAUCCAAUCCAUCCAUUUUCAGGAACGACCCCCCCUGCAGUGCUGCUGCUGCUGCUGCUGCUGUUGUUGACUUUUUUGAGGCAUAUUUUGCCCAGCAACUUUUACGGGAUGACUCACCCAAGGCAGCUGUUACGCAUGACAAAAAAAGAAAAAAUCAAAGGAUAAGGUGGAGCGAACAGAUGGCAGGAGUCAGAUAAAAAGGUGUUUGGCGCGGAGGAUCGACUAUUUGAGACUGAAAAAGGGCCACAUGCAGCCGCGCACCGGGAACAUGCAGAGCUCCAGGCUGCUCAGCGGCGCGCUCCUCUGCGCACUGAUGCUGCUCUCCAGCGCUGCUGGAGCCGAAGUGUUGGACACCGAGUCCGAAGAGGAGCUGAGUCCCAGAGCCCUGCGGGACUUUUACCCGAAAGGUCCGAAUCUGACCAGUGAGAAGCAGCUGCUCGGAGCUCUCCAAGAAGUUCUUGAAAAGCUGCAGGCUAAACGACUGCCAAUGUGGGAAAAGAAAUUUGGCCAAGUCCCAACGUGUGAUGUCGGGGAGCAGUGCGCGGUGAGGAAAGGCGCUCGGAUCGGGAAGAUGUGCGACUGUCCCCGGGGAGCUUUCUGCAACUUUUUCCUGCUGAAGUGCUUAUGAGCCUCGUCGGAUCUGAAUGUAGCAUUGAGAUGCGCAAAAAAACAAAAAAAAAAAACUGUCACUCGAUUCCUUUGUAAUUACUGUCAUAUUUUUAUGAUAACGCUGAGGAGCAGGUGGUGACUGCCUCACCCUUACGAAAAAGAACUAUAGUAGUUCUAUGAUAUGAAUAUAUAUUUUAGUAUAUUAAACAUAACAGGUCAGGAGAUGGAAAUACCGUAAAGAACCAUAAGAUUGCUGUAAAUAUUCAGAGCCACUUUAUGUCUGUAGGAAACUCACAGGAUUAUUGUUGUGAUGUGAUAAUAGGAGCUAAUAAAUAACCCAUAAUACACAAUAAACUCACCUGAGAACCACAUACACUACAAAGUCUCGACAGCAAUAUUAUGGGAAUAUUAUAGUGAUUCUUCGUUUGGGCAAAUCCAAAAUCUGUCUUUCUGAACUUGAACUAUUUUGUUGAAGAUGAAUGUCUGUGUAUGACUCAUGAUUAUAAGAAUAAACUGUGGAUCAUGUUUUGUUUUGUAAA